AUGUUCACGCGCUGGGUGGAGGCGUACCCAGUGUCCAACGUAAGGUCGGGUACACUGGUGGCGUCGUUGGAGGGGGAGGUGUUCCCCCAGUUUGGCUAUCCGGCUGUGCUGUUGAGUGACAACAGGGGACAGUUCAGAGGUGCCCGCUGGCGGGAGGCAUGCAGGAAGUGGGGGGUCAAGCACCACACGACCCCCAUGUACUAUCCCCGCGCCAACCCAACCGAGAGACGGAACCAGGAGUUCAAGGCUCAACUCCGUCUCCAGUUGGGAAACGAUCACACGAAGUGGGACAUACAUAUCCCUAACUUGCUUUAUUAUCUGAGACGUCAGACCAACGCCGCUACCGGGUACUCACCCGCGGAGCUGGUCCAGGGCCAGAACUUGGCCCUGCCGAGCGUGUGCCGGGUGGCUGCCGCGGCGACGGAGGGGGAGAUGGGGGAGGCCCUCAGGAUAGAGUUGUCCGUCAUGCAGGACCAGGCACGUCAGCGCCAAGAGGCGUACGUCCAAAAGACGACGCCGGUGGCGGGACGUCCUUCCCCGCCGCUGGAACCCGGUGACAUGGUGCAUGUGCGGCAGCACCAUCUGUCGUCCAAGGCUAAGAAUUUCAAUGUGGGGCUGGCUCCUAAAUGGUCAGAGCCAAGGCAGGUCAUCCGCAAGUUCGGGCCCACGUCGUACCUGGUACGGACGCCGAGCGGACAACCUGCAAAGAUACACAGGGACGACCUUCGGCGGGCGGGAGGAGACCAGGCGGAGUCUGAGACGACAGAGGUGAAAGGGGGGUCAUCGGGGAACAGGAGGCUGGCGCGGUCUAUGGACCUGGAGGAGGAAACGCCCCAUAUGAAUGUGCGGGGAAGUUUUGGCCAGGGGAGACGCGGGGUGCAGAGGGACGUGGAUGUAGUCACACGAGAGCCAGGAGCAAGCUUUUGCCGCGCGGACAGAGGACACGAGUUCCGGGAGGGAACCGGACAGGAGCCCGCUGGCUAG